AUGGUAGAGCAGGACUCUCGCAGCAGCUUGCGACACAUUCUCGCCGACGAGCCUGUUGAACAAAGUCCACGACCAGCACCGCCAGCGACACCAGCUUCCGCGCCCGCCGUACGAGCAGUAUCGACUGCUGCGAACGGCGAGCAUGAGCAAUCACCGGCUCCCAAGGGCGACAAAGACGAGGAACACGAAGCAGAAACACCGCUGUACACAUCGACUACGCAGACAACACGGCGCAACGCAAAUGGCAGCGUGUCGUCAGUCUACUCUGGAAACAAGAUCCGCCAUUUGAAAAAGGAGGACGGUGUACCGCUAUGGCGCAAGGACAUCCAGUACGACUUCCUCGACAUCGUCUUCAAGGACGAACAACGUGUCUUUACUCGCUACUCGGACAAUGAAAAAGGCCACACGUUUGCCGAGAUCUACGUCGAUGCCAUGGCCAAGAGCAGCAAGUGCAGCAAGAUCCUCAAGGAGAAGCUCAAGGAGGACCUUGACUCGGCCAUCACCAUGGCCAUGGUCUGCCUCCUCGUCAAUGUUGGGCGUAUGAACACCACGCUGAACUUCUUCCCCGAGAUGCGUGCCCAGCUGCGUACCUACCACUCCAUCCCUGCUCUGCAGGCACAUCAAGACCCAAACGCCUACAAGCAGCUACAAGACGCUCCCCGUCUGAAGUCGAUCCUCAAAGGCGCCACCGAAGACACUCCCCAGCCAGGCACCAUUGAAGACAUACGUCAAGCUUCAAUACCACGAACCAAUCCUGUCAAUCUGAUCUUCGUCCUGUCACAAUAUGCUCCCAAAAUAUCAGAGCUACACUUCAACCAUCCUCGCGAUUUCUUCGAUCUUGUCAUGCGAUCGAGCUUGAGCAGCAAGAGCAGAGCGACUGCCUUCCUCUGGCUGAUGUGGUGGUACCUCGAAAGCGACUUUUCCAAUGAAUCUGCCCUCAGCAACCCCUUCGGAGCAGGUUGCGAGCCAGAAGGUGGUGGUCCGCCAAUCAAAGUCCCUGCACUCGAGAGCUUGACCGAGGAACAAGCUGCUUUGGAGAAUGUUGACAGUGUGGAGGAGAAGGAGUACGGAGAACAGAAGCGUAAGGAGAGAAUUGCAAUCGUGGCGAGUGAACCCAGUCCGGCAAUGACAGCUCUCAAGCGCGCCAGAAAAGAACGCAGUCUGUUUGCGGCGGGUCUCGGUGAUGCAAAUUCGGAUGCUGGAACCAAGACCCCCAGCCGCGAUUUUGACUCUCCAGCUCCUUAUGACUCUUUGCGUAGGAAUUAUGCUGGUAGUGACUACACACGUUCGCCUACGCCCCCUACAAGUUCCUUCCAAGCCGUCAACAUCAUCUCGAAGCCUUUGGCAUCAAAGUCUGUCUUGGCCGAAGUCGACGAGAAGGAACCUGAGAUGCUUCAAUUCGCUUCGCCGUCUGUAGGCACGCCGCAAGCUGCUGCACUGCCCAAGAAAGGCUCUGGACGAGGUAACUGGAACACCAACAUACAUCACCCUUUCCUGCUGCCCAACCCUGUUCCCAUGUCCCCUCCUGCCCUUGAUACCUUACCGGAUAGCGUCUAUCUGCAGUCCCGACGAGAUCACCUCCCGACGUCCUCAUAUCAACUCCAGACACGGAACCGUCCGCUGACAUCACACCAAAAAGCAGUCAGCGAUUACCGCCGUGUGCGAAUCAACCAGAUCAUCGAUACCGGUAUUAGAAGGCGCCACAUAGCUGCAAAGCGUCAACGUCAAGAAGAGGGUAUCUUGCUGCGUGCCUGGAAGCGGAUCCGCAUGCUACCUGCUGGCUGGGACAGUGAAGACGAAGGCCCCAUCGAAAAGGCUAAGGACGACGCAAAGGACAAGGACGACGGUGUGGGUAGAAGAUCAAAGGAGGAAGAAAAGGCCGCAGCCGCGCUACGACGUGCCGCGGGUGGCGUCCGUAUCCUCGGUGGCUUUGCCCUACCACUCACAGACAAAGAGCUCGAGCAAGAGAAGCAACGACCACUUAACAGUAUCGCCAAUGUCGCCAGAGACGAUGUAGGCGAGGAGGCACUAUACUUCUCUCGAGCCUUUUCACUUGGCAUGGUUCAACUCGACCGCGAAGAGAAUGCAGAUCUCGAGGGCAGUCUACUACGUCCGUCACCACAAUUGAAGCUCGUUGACGAUACAGAAGACGAACGAGAGUUGCAAGCCAUGGAUGAGGUCGCCGCCACAAUCGUCAAACCAAGACAGGGUAGGAAGAGUCGCGGUGGAGGCGGAGGUGCAAGCAGGAAGUCCAAAGGCGGUGCCAGCAAGCUCGCGGGUGAAGCAAAGGAUGGAACACCGGCCGACUCUAGACUCUCUACUGCGAGACCAGACAAUGAUGCAGAAGAUGAAGAGAUGCAUGAUGAGGGCAACACUACCAUUGGUCCGAGUGCAGAAUUGGACGAUGAUGAAAGGGAGUUGCUGGGAGAAGCGGACACGGAAGAUGAAGAGGAAGACGAGGAUAACAUGGAUGAGGAUUGA